AACCCCUCGGUGUUGUGUCGCUCCUCAGAUAUCAGAGCCCCCAGUCAAAGCCGCACGCCUAUGCCGUAGAAUGACGGAUGGAUGGCGAACAAAGGUCUAUUGUUUUAUCAUAAAAUGAAUAGAGGUGAAUUCCAUGCGUAGAACGUACAGUGCAGUGAAACUAAAUUGAUUAUCCUAAAAUUUGUUGCUAAAGUUAAAAUAAUAUCUUAAAUUUAUUGAGCUUAUCACAGUAAGGAAAACAAAUUAAAAUCUUACGCCUAUUGUAAUGAAAAUUUAAAAUUCUAUUAUAGAUUAUAUAUUAACUAAGACUAUUAUUUGAGCUUAACCUAAAAUUCUUAUAUCCUACGAACCGAACAAAAGGUAAAAAGAAUUAUUAUUUUGCUAAUUAAAACAUAUAACUACGGAAUAUUAAUUUCCUACAUAGAACUAGCAGUAAUUGAAUAUAGGAGUCAAGGAAGGAAAUAAACCGGAGAAAAAAAAAAAACUAAACGAUAUUAAAAUAUACACUAUUUGAAAUCUCGGAACAUCUUUAUUCUUCUCCAUCGGCGAAAAGUAACAUCUUUUAAUAUCGUUUACUUGGAGAGGAUGUCCGACUCAGCCGAACCUACUACUCCUAUAUCCAGCAAGGCUACAACAACCACGGAAAAGCCAGGGGUUGAGAAGAAAUCACCGAAAGCCCCUCAGCAGCUCGCCCCCAUGAAGGAACGGAGUUGUGAUUUGUGUCAGACUGCUGAUAACAGCCGAAUGGUCCAAUGCGACUGUUGUGAAGGUUGGACUCAUUUCGAUUGUGCUGGAGUGACGGAGGACGUCGAAGACUACGAAUGGAUUUGUUCGAAAUGCGAGACCGCGGCGACAAACCAGCAGAAGAUGAAGACGACCAAAAGGAACACCAGAAGUGCAGUGAAGAAAGCCAAUCUAGCAGUUGCAAGUGCUAAGAAAUCGAAAUCAAGAAAACCUAAGAAAAUGGUGAAGAAUUCGAGUCUUAAGGGUCAUCCCCAGAGCAAAGAAGUAGCUGAUCGGGAGAAAUCACAACAUGUUAUGGAUGGGGAAAAGUCUGCGAAAAUCGAGAAGGUGAAUAAAUCAACAAAAUCUAAAUCUGUGGCAUCAGAUUCGUUGAACAAAUCAAUGCAAACUCUGAAAAUGCAGCUUCAAAAGGUGCUGGCAGAAGAGACGCUCAUGUUUGAGGAAAUGAAACGGACGCGGGAAUUGAUGGCGAGAAAGUUCGAACUGAUGGAGGAAAUAGCUGAAGCUAGCGGUGGCGGUGGUUCUGACGCACAAUCUGGGGGUGACGCGGAGCGAGAUGGAAGCUCCGAUUCCGAAGAGGAGGAGCAAGCCGAAAGCGACGAUGACGACGAAAGCGAUGACGAUCACCACGAACCCUUCGUUCCAAAGCGACAGUCAACGCCAGUUCAAAAAAUGUCGCAUAAAAUCUCCAGCCAAAGUAGACAUCACUCUCAGAUGAACGUUACGCUCAGCCGUGAACAGGUCGCUGCACGGCAGGUAAUAUCAUGUGAUCUUCCCCGAUUUAGUGGGAAUCCCGAAGAGUGGCCGAUGUUUAUAUCGACAUACGAAAGCACGACAACGAUGUGCGGCUAUAGGGAUGAGGAGAACAUGAUCCGCCUCCGGAAUUGCCUGAAGGAUGAGGCCUUUGCAACAGUGGGAAGUUUCUUGAUGCAUCCGUCAACCGUAUCGAAAGCAAUAAGCGUUCUUAAACUCAGAUUUGGGCAGCCGCACAUGAUUAUCGGUUCUCUACGGGAAAAAAUUCUAGCCAUGGCACAAGUUAGAUCAGAUUCCAUUGAGAAACUCGUGGACUAUGCCCUCGCUGUUCAGAAUCUACGUUCUACUAUCGACGCUUGUGGGAGGAGAGAGUACAUGCGUGACGUAACGCUAAUGCAGGAACUCGUCAGCAAACUUCCUCCUGCGAUAAAGCUAGACUGGGCGAGGCAUAGCAAGACACUGAGAAAGCCGAAUUUGGUUGCAUUUUCCGACUGGAUUUACUCGAUAGCAGAAGAUGCCAGCAUUGUCGCAGAACCUCGAAAAUCCUUUAGCUAUGUACAAGACACCCGUGGGAAGCGCCAAGGUAAAGCCUUCGUCAACACACACGUAGAAUCGCCAUCGGUGACCGUACCCGGACAGAAAUCUGCAAACGUUCGUCCGAGUGUCAACUACCAGUUCACCGAGAAAUCCGGAACGAUAGUGUCGAAGAGUUGUCCGAUUUGUAAGGGAAGUUGUCCGAAAGCUACAAAAUGUAAGCGAUUUCAGGAGCUCUCGUAUGAAGCACGCUGGGCUGCGGUUCGCGAAUUCAGAAUUUGUCGUAAGUGUUUGCGACAGCAUGGAGGAAACUGCAACAGUAAACCAUGCGGUGUCGACGGAUGUACGUUCAAGCACAAUGCACUUCUACACAAGUACCUCGUUGUACCGAAUGAGAGGGAAGUGAGUUCCUUUCAAACGAAAUCGAACGAGGAACGGAGUGUUAACACUCAUCAAAUGGAAACUGCUUUGGAAUUGUUUCGCUACUUGCCGGUUACACUUUUUGGGCCGAGCAAGCAGGUGGAGUGCUACGCCUUUCUGGACGAUGGAUCCGAGUUGACGCUGUUAGACGAACAAAUUGCCUGUGACCUAGAGCUGUCAGGAGAGUCGAAACCGCUGUGUCUUAAGUGGACAGGAGGAACUCAUCGCUUCGAAGAAAAAUCGCGGAAGGUGGCUGUCGGAAUAUCCGGUUCGAAAGGAGAAAGAUUCGACCUUACUGACGUGCGAACGGUCGACGCACUUGAACUACCAGUGCAGAGCUUAAACGUCGAUGAGUUGAAGAAAAAGUACAAACACCUGGAAGGAAUUCAAGUUGAGUCUUACAAUCUCGUGAGGCCUAGAAUUCUAAUUGGUUUGAAACAUGCCAACGUUUCCUUGGUUCGACGUUGUCGUGAAGGAAAGUUGGGUGAGCCCAUUGCCGUAAAAACUCACCUGGGCUGGACGAUUUUCGGAGGCUGUUCGUCGCAGGGGUCAGCUGCCGACGGAAAGUACACUUACCACAUUUGUGCGUGUAAUCUGCAGAGCGACGAUCGAAUUCACCAAGAAGUUAAACAGUACUUUAGCCUAGAUAGCUUGGGAAUCAUGUCGCCGGUGAGUUCUCUGAUGUCAAGAGACGAUGAAAGGGCGCUAUCGUUGUUGAAAUCUUUCACACGAGUCGCUGAAAAGAAGUACGAAACGGGCCUUCUCAGACGUUUCGAUACUAUCCGUCUGCCUGACAGCCGUCCGAUGGCCAUUCAAAGGCUAAACUGUCUCCAAAGGCGUCUAUCAAGAGACGAUGAUCUUAAGCGUGCCUUCACUGAUAAGUUGGCAGAAUACCAAACCAAAGGUUAUGUAAGGAAGGUUAACCCAGAGGAACUCGUUCAUAAACAGGGGCAGACAUGGUAUCUUCCCACUUUCCCGGUGAUAAAUCCCAACAAACCUGGGAAAAUCAGGGUCGUGUGGGAUGCAGCCGCAUCCGUGCAUGGAGUAUGCCUCAACUCCGUUUUGCUCACAGGGCCGGAUAUGAUGACCUCUUUGGUAUCAGUUCUGCUACAAUUCCGAGAACAUCGUAUCGCUAUAUGUGGAGAUAUUCGCGAGAUGUUUCUCCAGAUAGGAAUUCGACCCGUCGAUCAGUUCUAUCAACUCUUUCUGUGGUGGGAUGAUACUGAACAGCAAGAGCCGAGCACGUUCGUCGUUGAAGUCAUGAUUUUUGGAGCACGUUCAUCGCCAACCACGGCACAGUUCGUGAAAAAUCAUAACGCUCAGCGUUUCGAAGCCGAGUAUCCAGCAGCAGCCAUCGCUAUAAUUAAUAACCACUAUGUGGACGACAUGCUUGCAAGCACUGAGACGGAAGAAGAAGCCAUAGAACUCGCGAAGACCGUGAAAUUCAUCCACGCCCAAGGGGGCUUUGAAAUACGGAAUUGGACUUCCAACUCCUGUAGAGUUCUGAAAGCCUUGAACGAAGAACCUACUGGAGAGAAGAAUCUAAACUUAUCAGCAGAGAUGGCGACGGAGAAAGUUUUGGGGAUGUGGUGGAACACAUCGACGGAUUGUUUCAUGUUCAAGAUCUGCUAUCGACGUUUCGAUGCUGCGCUAUUUGAUGGGAGUCGAGCUCCAACCAAGCGAGAAUUGCUUCGCAUCAUAAUGACAGUUUUUGACCCGCUCGGUCUCAUAUCGCAUUUCUUGAUGAUUCUCAAGGUUACUCUUCAGGAAGUAUGGCGAAUCGGAUUGAAAUGGGAUGAGCAAAUAACUGGAAAGCAGUUCGAAAGUUGGAAAUCCUGGGUUAAAUUGCUGCCGAAACUGGAAGAUAUUCAAAUUCCUAGAUGUUUUCAUCACGCGACAUCGAUCGGGGAUCAAACCCGAAUCCAGAUGCAUACGUUCGUAGAUGCAGGUGAAAACGGUAUGGCAGCGGUAGUAUAUCUGCGCUUCGAGGAAGAUGGUUUAGUAGAGUGCGCAUUGGUUGGUGCGAAAACACGCGUAACUCCUCUAAGAUACCUGUCGAUCCCACGAUCGGAACUCCAGGCAGCGGUCAUCGGAACGAGACUAGCUAACACUGUAACUAAAUCACUUUCCCUUCGGAUAUCACAGCGCUAUUUCUGGUGCGACUCCCGAAAUGUUCUGUGCUGGCUGCGAUCCGACCACCGUCGAUACAGCCAGUAUGUGGCCGCUCGAGUUAGUGAAGUGCUAGACACUACGGAAAUAGAUGAGUGGCAUUGGAUUCAGUCGGAGUGGAACGUUGCCGACGACGGUACAAAAUGGACAGGACAGGUGGAGCUGAAAAUUGAAGAUCGCUGGUUUCAGGGGCCGGGAUUUUUGAAAGGACCGGAGGAAAGCUGGCCAAAACGCAGUUUUAUUAGGGAAACAACUGAUGAAGAGAUUCGAUCAAGCGCACUGUUCCAUGGUAAAAAUGCAGAACCGGUUGUUAUGGCAAGUAACUAUUCACGAUGGAUGCAUCUAGUGAGAGUAACAGCAUAUGUACAACGCUUCGUGGAUAACGUUCAGUCCAAGCGAAAGAAAAUACCACAGCGUAGCGGACCACUAACGAACGACGAACUUCGACGGGCUCAGGAAUACCACUUUCGCCAGGCACAGCGAGAUGCUUACGCAGAGGAGCUAAGGCUGUUGGGAGGUUCUAAUAACGAGGGGGAACGAAUAACGCAGGUUACAAGUAGCAGCAAGAUUCACAAGCUGAGCCCCCUUUUGGACCCGGCAAAUAUUUUACGAAUGAACAGCAGGGCCGCGAAAUGUAUAUUCCUAUUUCCAGAUGAAAAGUACCCAAUCAUACUACCCGAUGAUCAUCCCGUCACUCAUUUGGUGCUCGCCGAUUUUCAUGAAAGGUAUCAUCACCGAAACUAUGCAACGGUUGCGAAUGAAGUUCGCCGAAGAUUUUGUAUUCCACGUUUGAGACGAACGCUUCGUAAGAUGAGACACAGGUGUCAAUGGUGUCGGAACCGCGAUGUAAGUCCGGUGCCACCAGAAAUGGCUGAGCUUCCUCAAGCCAGGUUGGCUGCGUUCAGCAGACCAUUCUCUCACGUUGGAGUAGAUUUUUUCGGGCCGAUUGAAGUCAUUGCGGGUCGCAAAGUAGAAAAGCGUUGGGGUGUCCUGAUGACGUGCCUUACGAUUCGGGCUCUUCAUAUCGAGGUCGCCAGUUCACUUAACACGAGUUCGUGUAUUAUGGCGUUGAAUAACUUCAUUGCUCGUCGAGGAACUCCUGUUUGCUUCUAUAGCGACAGAGGGACAAAUUUUAUUGGUGCUUCCAAAGAAUUGUGUGAGGCUGUCCGUGCUUUAGAUAAACACCAGCUGUCGAAGGAGUUCACUACAGCUUCGACGUCCUGGCGUUUCAAUCCGCCAGCUACCCCCCACAUGGGUGGCAGCUGGGAGAGACUUGUCCAAUCGGUAAAGCGGAAUCUGACGGAAAUCCUCAGAAGUAGACGGCCAACAGACGAGGAGCUGCGUAGUGCAUUGACCCUGAUUGAAGGCGUACUCAACAGUCGCCCCUUGACAGAGGUUCCCGUAGAUAACGAGUCCGAACCAGCGCUCACACCCAACCAUUUCUUAUUGGGUUCAUCGGAUGGUUCGAAGCCUUUCACACUGUGUGACGACAAUGUACAAACCGUGCGUCGUGGAUGGCAGGUUUCACAGGUUAUGGCGAACGCUUUCUGGAAACGCUGGUUGCGGAACUAUUUACCUGAAAUUACCAAGAGGUCAAAAUGGUUCGAAAAGGUAAAACCUAUUUCCGUAGGGGACAUAGUGGUAAUUGUGGAUCCUGAACAUCCACGAAAUUGCUGGCCGAAAGGCAAGGUAAUUGGUACCGUGGAGAAGGGAGGUCAGGUACGCAGAGCUACGGUCCAAACCUCAAGAGGAGUUUACGAACGCCCAGCCGUUAAAUUAGCCGUUCUCGAUAUCUGGAGCGAAAGUGUGUAGGCCAACUCCCGGAUUUGGCAUACGGGGGGGAGUGUCACAACCCCUCGGUGUUGUGUCGCUCCUCAGAUAUCAGAGCCCCCAGUCAAAGCCGCACGCCUAUGCCGUAGAAUGACGGAUGGAUGGCGAACAAAGGUCUAUUGUUUUAUCAUAAAAUGAAUAGAGGUGAAUUCCAUGCGUAGAACGUACAGUGCAGUGAAACUAAAUUGAUUAUCCUAAAAUUUGUUGCUAAAGUUAAAAUAAUAUCUUAAAUUUAUUGAGCUUAUCACAGUAAGGAAAACAAAUUAAAAUCUUACGCCUAUUGUAAUGAAAAUUUAAAAUUCUAUUAUAGAUUAUAUAUUAACUAAGACUAUUAUUUGAGCUUAACCUAAAAUUCUUAUAUCCUACGAACCGAACAAAAGGUAAAAAGAAUUAUUAUUUUGCUAAUUAAAACAUAUAACUACGGAAUAUUAAUUUCCUACAUAGAACUAGCAGUAAUUGAAUAUAGGAGUCAAGGAAGGAAAUAAACCGGAGAAAAAAAAAAAACUAAACGUAAGUCACAUAACAUUUAAAUUGUGAACGAAACUUAUAUAUAUUGUAUGUCACAGGAUAUUAAAAUAUACACUAUUUGAAAUCUCGGAACAUCUUUAUUCUUCUCCA